UAGUGUUGUUUAAAACGGUGUUUAUUGAUUAUUUUAAAUCAUCCAAAGGCUGGAAAAGGGCAAGGAAAAGGGUGUUUUUCGUGUGGUGUUGGUUGCAUAGACAGCCGUCACUCUUUUGGCAGCUGGUUGAUUAGAAAAAUGGCGGAUACCACAGAAAAUUUGGACAAUAGUGGUAGCCUUAACCCCCCAAUAACAAUGAAAGUGGAUGCACCAGCGGAAGAAGACAAAACAGAAGCUGGUGACAACGAGAAAAACGCCAAGAACGAAGAAUUCAAAACGUGCACUCCUGAUAGAAUUCCAGUAACAAGUGUUACAACAAACCCGUUCGCUACUUCACAAAACAAAUUGGCAACGCGUGGCAUUUUGAAGCCUCCUCAGUUGAGUCUAAACAACGCUAACAAUUCCGCAAAACCGGCUGUUAUUCUAAAUCCGAGUCGACUGAACCCGUUUGCUAAACCAACAAAUGAUGGCGCCAAGGAAGAGAGCAAAACUGUUCAAUUGAACGGGGAAACACCAAAAUUCGUACCACUGGUGCAAACAGAACCAAAAACGAACUCAACUCAGCCGGUUGUAACAACGGCCAGCACAACCCUCUCGACAACUUCCUUCGUUUUUGGACAGAACCUACAGGACCGUGUUGUGGGCAGUGACGCGAAAGCGGACGAACCUAAACCUUCGACUAGUUUAAAUUCCAAUGGGACGUCGGAAAUGCUCUUUAGCAGCGCUAUUAAGAGUGAGGGCAAAACUGAUGGAACCAUUACCAGUAAAGAAACGAAGUCGUUGAGUGAGUCGGCGAGGGAGUACGAGGAGUCGAGGGCCAAUAAGAGGAAGUACGAAGAGGUGGAAAUUAUCACGGGGGAAGAGAACGAAACGAAUAUUUUAAACAUUAAUUGUAAAUUGUUCGCGUUUGAUAAGGCGUCUGGGAGUUGGCAGGAGAGGGGCCGAGGGGUUUUAAGGCUGAACGACUUUGAGGGCGAAGGGCACGCGCAAAGUCGGCUGCUUUUCCGGACAACGGGGAUUUGGAGGGUUAUACUGAACACCAAAAUUUGGGCGGAAAUGACUGUAGAACAGGCUAGUGAGAAAAGCGUGCGGUUCACGGCGAUGGACCCGCAAGGUGUGAUCAAAGUUUUCCUCGUAAUGGCUAGUAUUGAAGAUAGUAAACAACUGUACUCACAGAUCCAGCUUAGAGUGCAGAAAGAAAUAGCAGCCCAAAAACAUAAAAAACUUAAUGUAGAUAAAGACUCAGGGGGCAAUUAAAUUGUUUACUAAAUAAAACAUUUUCACGGUACCAUUGUGCAGAGUUCAUUUUGAUAAAACUACAAAUGUGAUGUAAAUUAAGUUUUAAUCUUUAAACAGUAACGUUUUUACAGAAGUUUUGUCACGCUCAUCGAUUCUAGUUAUUUAAAAUCUAAAAGUAUCAUUUAAUUGGAUGUGUUAUAUUUUGUAAUGAUAAGCAAUAAAACUUUGAAAAAAGUACAA